AUGUCGAGCCUAAGCUCUAUCCUACUUCACCUCGUCGCAACCCUGCGAAAGGUCCACUUUGACUACACACCUCAGUGGACGCGCGACGCUGCACAGAGAGACAUCACAUCGGUCACCUUUCCCUGCGUACUCGUCGACAAGCGGUACUCCUAUCGCGUAGUGUGCGAAGACAGCGACCUCGGCAUCAGGAGCGGCACGGGUGUCUAUGCGGGGGGCUCGGAGACGGUGAAUUUUCUGGAGUACAAUCAUGGCCGCGGGAUAUCACAGACGCACCGUCUGCGGGUCUACGUCGUCGACCCCGAUAGCGGGAACCAGUACCUCGAUGCUCAGCGGAACUGA